AUGUCCGCCAACUCUGCGACGAUCAAGUGCAUUGCGGUGGCCGCCGUUCUGCUUCAAAUAUCCGUGAUUUUCGCGGAUGCAGGUCACCACAGACGCGGCAAAGAGCUGUUGGACACCGAAGACAGCGACUUCUUCCGGUGCAAACAAGCCAGCAGGAAGUCUUGUUGUGGCCCGGAAAACGCAAUGAAGCGAUUCGGCGAUAAAGACAAAGUAGCAGCUGACGAGUGUUACGCACAAGUAGCCGAGAAGUUUGCAACGGUUCCAGCUACUACACCCAAACAAGACUUGUUUUCUGCAGAAGCUGUAAAGAUUACCAAGAAGAAGCAAUUCUGCCUUCACGAAUGUAUCGGAAAGAAAAAUAAUUUGCUCUCCGAAGACGGUUCACUGAACAAAACGUUCAUAGCUGAUUACGCAAUGAAGAGCGUCUUCAAAGAACAGUGGCAGAAACAAGUGGGGCAAAAGGCCUUGGACAAAUGCCUUGAGGAGACCUACAUACCGUGGCCAGCAGAAGAUAAAGAAAACGUGUGCAAUCCAGUAUACGUACAAUUCCAACACUGUCUGUGGUUGCAAUACGAAUCAAACUGCCCAGCCAACAAGAUUAAGAUCACCAAAAAAUGUGAGAAGACGAGAAACCGGUACAGGAUGCAAAAAUCGACUUCAAAUUAA